AAAGCAAAGCACGCGAACGCCUCUACGUCCACAUUGAACUAUACAGCUGUCUCAAGUCUUCCGUAGAUAAUACUCCGUGUUUUGACUUCACGCUCGCGGAGCAUCGCUUCGGAAUAUAAAUCCGCGAUGUUUCCUUUAAAUAUAUUUCUAGAGACGCGUACGUCAAGGUCGCGCAGGCAGGGGAUUCUUCGUCUCGGUCAGCAACAUCAAAUCUGAGAAAGAAAGAGAAGGACAUAUCACUUCUGCAAUGUGUUAUCAGAAAUAAAGUUUUCCGGCGUGAAAGCUGCGCCUUUCCCGCUUCGCGGAACGAUCCAGAUUGUCAGAUUUAUUCUCUCCCCUGCCCCUUUGAAGGACGAAGGACUCCGUCGUGAAGUAUCUCGUUGACGGGACGGAGAUUUUGACGGAUCUCCACGAUCGUUGUUGCGUUGGCGCGAGAAGAGCCGGCUGCCGGCGGGCUUUACGCGCCAGCAGGAUUCAUUCUAUAGUUAGAUAGAUUCGCGGCGCUCCGAAAAUAAACGCGGAACCGGCGUGUCACGCGCUUGACGUCCUUCCUUCGACGCGGACCGGGGUGCUCGAAUGCUCAGGAAUCGCGUCAUGUCGUCCCUCGUGCAGAUAGACGGCAGUUUGGGCGAGGGUGGUGGACAAGUGUUGAGAGUUGCUCUAAGCUUGAGCACGCUCUACGGCAUUCCAAUUGAAAUCGAGAAUAUACGCGCUGGAAGGCCCAAGCCUGGUCUCGCGGCGCAGCAUUUGAAAGGUGUGGAACUUGUCAAAGAGAUGUGCAAUGCUCAAGUCAGAGGUGGAUACAUAGGCUCGACACGUUUGGAAUUCCGUCCCGGUCCAUUGAACAAGACCAAGAAAACAUUUGUAGCGGAUACGCAAACUGCCGGAUGCAUUUGCUUGUUGGCACAAGUAGCUCUGCCGUGUGCCCUCUUCUUUCCGUGCAACGACACGGUCACGCUCGUCCUCAAGGGUGGCACGAACGUUCCCAUGGGCCCACACAUCGAGUAUUUGACGGAGGUGUUCAAACCGAUGCUGAACAAAUUCGGAGCAGACUUCGAUUUCGUGGUCGUGAAGAGGGGAUAUUAUCCGAAGGGCGGAGGCGAGGUGCAUUUACGUAUAAAACCGGUCAGCAGUUUAAACGCGGUUACUUUAACCGAUGUAGGAAUUCCUCGGGGAAUAACAGGAUGGUCUUACGUGGCUGGAUCGGUUAACAUCAACGAGGCACAUACAAUGGCCAGCGAUGCUAAAACGGUUUUAACAAAUAAAUUAGUAAAAAGCAACAUUCGAGUACCACCGAUUACGAUUGAAGCUUACAGGGAAGACAGAGCGAUGGCCGUUGGAAACGGUUCUGGUAUUAAUAUAGUGUGUAACACCAGUACGGGAUGCGUUCUCGGCGGCUCCGGCUUAGGAUCCAGAAACCAAGAGGGACCGCCGCCAGGUGAUACAGCGGCUAACGAGAUCUUAAAGCCGCUCCUAACAGGGGCGUGUGUCGACGAACACACGCAGGACCAGAUGAUAAUUUUAAUGGCACUGGCGAAAGGUACGUCGAAGAUCAAAGUCGGAGAUGAGAAGCUCACGUGUCACACGGAGACUGCUAUGCAGAUCGCGGAGAUAAUGUUAGGUAAACGUGGACUUCGUUUCAAUUUGUCGAAAAGCGCCGAAGACGGGGAUACUUCGUCUUACGUCUUGGAAUGCCAGGGAUGUGGAUUGAUUAACGACAGUCUGGUUACGCAAUGAUUAUACGAUACUUUAUUAUAACUUAUUGUUGCACAUGUAAUUAUAACAAUUUCGACCGAAAUAUUACGGUCAAUUGGCCUUCGCAUUUGCCGGUUACAAAUAAAUUGCAACAUCGACGUA